AGAAGAAGGAGGAGAAGAAGAAGAAGAAGAAGAAGAAAAUAUAAUUUCUAUAGCGAAGGACAACCAAUCUCGUAAAGACGUGAGUGAGACGGGUCCUUCAGCUGCUGAUGACACAACCAACCUGCAGCUGAUUCUGACAUCAGAUUAAAGUCACCUGACAUCUGCUCCUGCAUUAACUCUAUUGGCUGAGAGAUGGUGACAUCACAGGAGGAUGGAGGGACUUCCUGUGCAUAGAUCUUUCUCCAUUAGACCACAGACUUUAAAGCAUUUGAGUGUUUUGUUGUUCCAUGAUGGUUCUGGUUCUGGUUCUGCUAACCCUGCUCACACCUACUGAUGUGAGCAGUGCAGAACCCGUUCCUCUCAACAACCAGGAGUUUGGAGAAGCAGGAAGACUAGUUUCUGUGUCCUACCAGUUCCCAGAGCUUUCAUCAACAGACUUCUUCCUUUGGUACCGACAACAUCCAGGAGGACCCCCACAGUUCCUCAUCUUACACUCAUCUUCAGGAUCUGUGCUGGACAGAGCAGUGCCAGGACUGGAGGUCGAGGUGAAGCAGACUAAGGUCCUCCAUCUGCUGAUCUCCUCUGCUGCUGUGACUAACUCUGCUGUGUACUACUGUGAGGCCCACUGUGACAGGAAAUCCUGCAUCUUCAUACAAAAACCUCGUCCUGCUCUGUGGAAACCCCACACCUCAUUUUUGGGACUACAGUGCCACCAUGUGGAAAAUCAAGCCUGGAACAGGUUCAGACCAGUUCUGAUCCAGAGGCUCACCUGGUGGGUCUUGGAGAUCAGCAGAGCUGUCUGGUUCUGGGUGGAGAGAAUCAAACGUAACACGAUCAGAACCGGGUCCCCAGACACUGACCUUCAGGGUUAUCUGGAAAUAUAUCGUAUUGGAGAACUGCUGGUGUCCUUCUAUGCUGCUCCGUCCAGUCCGUCUCACUGCAGACCCGUCUCACUGCAGACCUGUCAUGUCCUGUGCCACAUGUUUCUGUUAGAUAAAGAUGUCUGGUUUUGUUUUGAUUCAUGGCUAUCAACCAAUGUCCUUACGUGUCCUGGUCUGUGUCCUUACAGCCUCUGUUGGUGCACUCCAGGACAGCUGUGGCUACACUGUAGCUCAUCACCACCUGUGUGUGAAUGGAUGAAUGAUACUCUGUAGGGUAAAGCGCUUUGGAGUCCUCCGACUCUGAAAGGCGCGAUACAAGUGUGGAUCAUUUAUCAUUUAAGUGUCCUGGUCUCUUCACCAUGUGGCUGGACUUGUACAAUAAUGAAGCAGGUCCAGAUCUUUAGAACUGGUUUUGUACCUUUCCUUCAUAACAUGGGAAGGCGCAUCCCUACUCGUCUGAUUUGUGUGUUCCCUGUUGACCUUCCCGAUAGCUCAGGUCCCCUGCUCAGAUGACCUUGUCUGUUCCCAGCACCAGAUGAAGGGCUGGAGGAGACAGGCUUUUGCAGUCGCAGCUCCAUCAGCUGACCUGUCUAAGUCUAGGCUUAAGGCAUGUUUUUAUUCCACUGCUUUUAGGGAUAGUUAAGUUAUUAUUGUAUUUGUUUUUGGUUUUUAAUCGUGCUAUUAUUCUAUUCUGUUUGUAGUUUUCAGGAUUUUGUUUGUUUUUAAUGUUUUCUGCUCAAAUUAAGCACUUUGGCUACAGCUAUUUGCUGCCGUAAAUGAGCUUGUUACGUUAGACAUCUUUCAGCGUGAUACCUGCUACCAAAGUGGUUAGGUGCACCGUGUAGCCACUAAUAAUCACCGGAGGGAAAAAAACACAGAUCGCCAUCUUUCUCCUUUUGGUCUGAGGCAGAGAACACGCAGACCGUUUAUUGCUCAACUUAAAUAGCAUUCCGGUGCACGCAGACACGCACAGUUCAUGUGAUGUCACCACUCAAGUCACGAGGCAUGCCUUUGUUACACACAAUAUACUCAACAGCACUAUAUAAAUAAAAGACAUUGACAUAACAUGUCUGUGUGAAUGAAUGAAUCUCAGCUACAUCGGAUCUGCUUGGUGGUGUGUCCCAAGGCCCUGCUUCAGGCCCACUCCUGUUUUUCUUCACAUCUAAACCCUGUUGGACAGGUCAUCUCCCACUUUAUGGAUGUUUAUAUUUCUAUGGUUAUUCCCUCAAACCGAAGCUUUCAUAUGUGAGAACUAUUAUUAACAGGUUUAAAACGAGGGGCCACAUCUCAAGCAGUUUAUCAUCCUGAAAAAUAAAAAAGUCAAACAAAUUUAACAGAUUUUUGAUUCUUUAUUUUUUCAUGUUUUAAAGAUAUUGGCCAGAGGCAAAAAUCCU